UACAUCUUUCAUUCAUUUUAAUAUAUUAACAAUUAGGAAAUCUUUGUAAAUAUGGCAAAGGUUAUACGAUAUAUUGGACGUGAAAGCCACUUCAAAGGAAAGACGAUCUUUGAGAUUGCUGCGAACUUGAAGUCAUGCAAAGGUCGUGUUGUGUACAGAACUAAAUGGGCGGCUUCUACAAAUCCGGCCAAAACUUAUGUCAUCUUGGAAGACGUGAAGCCAGAUCUUUCAAAGGAGAAUUUUAAGGGAGGUACUGCCACAGGAUACAGGGUGCAUAGAGGACAUACAUUUGAUAAAAUUUUCCAGAUAGACAGUGGCAUGAAACAGGAUUGGCACCUGGUACCAAGAGAAGACGAGGAAUCUUUCUGUAAAAUUGAUCAUAAACUUCAGGUUGUUGAUAACCGUCCCAAAGUAAUGAAGCUUCCCCCAGUGAUGGUGGCCAAACUGAAAACAUUUGAAACAGAAAAAUCUCAACUCACAGAAAUUCCAAUUAAAUAUAAAAAGAAAUCUGGACGGAAACUUCUCUGACAAAACAUUGACUUUUUUUUGAUGAAUGGUACCUUGCCUUGAUCAGAUCACAUGCUUAUUAAUUAUGACCAAAACUUAGACAAAAAUGAUUGUGUUUACAGAAAAUUAAGAGUAUUAAAUAUACCCUCAAAUGUA